AUGGGGUACUUGGAGAACAAAAAAAUUCUCGUUCCGGAGCAACACGGAUUUCGCCAAAGUCGCUCCUGUACCACUGAUCUGUUGAUUGCUCGUGCAGGCUGGACGGAAUCUGUGGACGCUGGUGUAUUAGCCGACGCGGCCUACCUGGAUGUCUCAAAAGCAUUCGACCGUCUAAAGCAUCGCAUUCUCCUACCCAAACUCCAGAAAUAUGGAAUUCGCGAUCCUGUUUUGGGUUGGAUAGGAGACGUUCUCGAGCAACGUCACCUGAAUGUGAGGGUUGAAAGCAACUUAUCAGAAUCCAUCGAAGUUCAGUGCGGCGUACCUCAAGGCUCGGUACUUGGAACCCGCCUGUUCCUGGUUUUCAUAAAUGAUCUCGUGCGCGUGCUUUCUUCUAAAAGUUUGCUAUUUACUGAUGAUCUAAAUAUAUGGGGUGUUAUAGCUGCAGUGGAGGAUCGCACAGCGUUACAGGAGGAUCUGGACGAAGCGUACACAUGGUCCAUCGAGAACAUGCUGCAUUUCAACGUCACCAAGUGCAAAGUUGUCAACAUGCGGCACAAGAGUAUGCACAAGUACCACCUAGGACCACAAAUUCUGCAGAGGGCUUCUCACUAG